AAUGAGUGAAUCUGAGAUCGUUCCAGAAACAUCCUCCUCCGAUCUCAGAUCCACCUCGCCUCCGGAGAGAGACCCAUGGCGCCGCCGCAGCCGAACGGGGGGAAGGUGACGCCGAACCUGGCGAUGGACGCCGAGGCCACGCGCCUGCUCAACCUCACCGUCCUCCAGCGCCUCGACCCCGCCGUCGAGGACAUCCUCAUCACCGCCGCGCACGUCACGCUCUACGGCUUCAACAUCGACCUCAACCAGUGGAGCCGGAAGGACGUGGAGGGGUCGCUGUUCGUCGUGAAGAGGAAUACGCAGCCGAGGUUCCAGUUCAUCGUCAUGAACAGGCGCAACACCGAUAAUCUGGUGGAGGAUCUCUUAAGUGAUUUUGAAUACGAACUUCAACCUCCAUAUUUGUUAUACCGGAAUGCUUCACAAGAAGUAAAUGGAAUUUGGUUUUACAAUCAACAUGAGUGUGACGCUGUUGCAAGUCUUUUUGGAAGGAUACUGAAUGCUUAUGCCAAAGUGCCUCCUAAACCAAAGGUGCCUUCUGCAAAAAGUGAGUUUGAGGAAUUGGAGGCUGUUCCUACAUCUGCUGCAAUAGAUGGCCCCCUUGAACCUCCACCAGCAUCCACUGCUGUAGUCUCUGACGUCCCUGAGGAAUCAUUGGCCAAUUACUUCAGUGGCGCUGCUAGCAUGGGAAGUGUAACAAAUGCACAAUUGGCUGGAAGAGUGCAUCCAUCCACUGAGAGUGUUGCAUCGUCCAAUGUUCCAUUGAUCCUUCCAUCUGUUGCUCCGGCACACCCAGCUCCCCCUUCAGUAGGUUCAUCAGCUCCACCACUGCCGCUCCAUGACACUAAUGCCCAUGCCAGCCGUUCAACAAAUCUUGUAACACCUGCUUUCUUUGCGCCUCCAUUGUCCUCUUCUGCAUCACUGGCACCACCAGGCUCAUCCAUGAUGCCUUCAGCACCACCUCUUCAUCCAUCUGCAGCAUCUGCUCAACGCCCUCCAUAUGGCACCCCCCUACUCCAACCUUUUCCACCACCGACUCCACCUCCUUCCCUUACCCCUGCACACAAUGACAGGCCUGUUAUUUCCAGGGAUAGAGUUAAGGACGCCCUCCAGAGACUUGUUCAGAGUGACGAGUUCAUCGAUUUAGUCUAUCGAGAAUUACAGAAGUCACUUGUAUAGACUGCUUCUAGUCUUUCCGGAGUUUCUGGCGUGUGACAACGAGUGCUUGUGUUCUUUCUUUUUGAGUUUCGUACGCUUCCCUUCUCAAACUCCUGUAUAGUUUUGUCUUAGUGUAUUGCUGUGGAGUCCAUAUAGCAGUGGUUGGUAGUAUUCAUGGCGUCCUUGUUUCCAAAUAACCGUGUUGGCAAUGUCAUAGUACGUUGAUUUGUGUAAGAACGUUGAAAUUUCAUAUUUUUUGUGUGAUGUACUAUAAGCAAUUACGUCUCGGUGUCAGAA